AUGGAAUACGUCCCGACCGACAAAUUUGGAAAUGCUGACGUGUUGUCCAGGCUCAUCAACCAUCAUGCCAAGCCGGACGAGGAUUUCGUCGUAGCGUGCACCAACUUAGAAGAUGAUUUGAGGUCAGUAGCGAUAAGUAGCGUCAGUUGUUUACCUCUCAGUUUCAGUAUGGUACAACAAGCAACCAAAACCGAUCCAGUACUGCGGAAGAUUCACCGUUUCAUCCGAGACGGGUGGCCAACAUCCAAGUCUGAAACGCAAGACAUUGAGCUGUGGAGAUUCCAUGAUCGUCAAGAGGGAUUAUCGAUCGUCCAGGAGUGCAUCAUGUUCGGGGACAGGUUGGUGAUCCCCUCCAUUUACCGAAAAAGGUGCUUGGCUCAACUCCACAAGGGCCAUCCAGGGAUGCAUCGAAUGAAGGCAGUCGCACGCAGCUAUGUGUACUGGCCGGGAUUGGAUGAGGAGAUAGCCAGUUUCGUCAGAUCUUGUCCACACUGCGCAGCAGCAGCACGGUCUCCUCCGAAGGCGAAUCCUGUACCGUGGCCAUUACCCACCGCUCCGUGGCAGCGUGUUCACGCUGACUAUGCGGGUCCGCUUGAUGGGGAAUUCUACCUCAUUGUCGUCGACGCUUACAGCAAAUGGCCGGAAAUCUUUGCAACCCGGCACAUUACGACGAAAGCAACUACCAAGUUACUGCGUCCGCUCUUCGCCAACAAGGGAAUGCCGGAACUUCUGGUUACAGACAACGGCACCCAAUUCAAAAGCGAGGAGUUUAGCCAAUAUUGCCGUGAAAACGGAAUACAGCAUGUCACUACGGCGCCCUUCCAUCCGCAAUCUAACGGCCAGGCCGAAAGAUUCGUCGACACUUUUAAACGUGCAGUCCGUAAAAUUCAGGAGGGAGAAGGCAACAUAAAGCAGGCUCUGGAUGUUUUCCUUCUCACGUACCGGACUACACCAAACGCAAACGUGUCAGAUGGGAGAUCACCCGCCGAAGCCAUGUACAAUCGACCGUUGCGGACAUCCAUGGAUCUGCUACGAGCGCCGCGUGAACAGAUGCCAGCAAUUUGCACCGAAGCUACUUCAAGCCAACCGAGAACUUUCACAGCAAAGGAUCCUGUAUACGCUAAGGUCUACGCGAACAAUAAGUGGACUUGGGUAGUCGAGAAGAUAGGCAAGGUGAUGUACAAUGUCCGGUUUAACAAAAAGAUAAUUCGAUCCCACAUCAAUCAACUGAGGUCACGAGCAGCAUCAGAACCGGAUGCUGAGCAGAUGACUCAAUUAAAGAAGCAGCUACCAAUCAACAUCCUGUUGAAUGAGUGGAAGUUGUCUUGUCCUGCAUCACCUGCUGGGUUGGCAGCUACAUCACCACUGCUGGAACAGCAUGUCAAUCCGUCAUCAACAACGUCACCAGCGGAUAUGCCCUUGCCAUUCCCAGCAUUCUGUAGAAUAAAGUCAUCAUCAUCUUCGUCUUCAAACUCAGCGGACUUCCAAUCCGCAAACGACUCGUCUCCUGCAAUCAAGGUACCUAGGCGCUCUUCUCGCAAUCGAAGGCCGCCUCAAUGGUUCCAGACAUACCACAGGUAUUAA